CCCACCCCGCCACCGCGCUCCACCCUUCCGCCGGGAUAUGGCGCAGGAGGUGAGCGGCAUGGACGGCGACGUGGAGGACGGCGAGCUGUCCGGCUCCGACUCGGACAUGCCCGGCGCCGGCUCCCCCGGACAGAAGCUGCAUGCUGGCAGUGAUUCCUGCAGACCCUUCCAGAGCAGCCUCUCAGCCUGUACUCCCAGUGUUCCUUACAGGACCACCAAGAGCCUGGACUCCAGCGAGGAGAGUGGCUCUGACUCCGAUGACGAUAGCUGCCUGUGGAAGCGAAAGAGGCAGAAAUGCUUCAACUUCUCCCCUGGCAAACCUGAGCCCUUCCAGCUCAGCCAGAGCCACCAAAAACAGACUGCUCUGUGCGGGAAGAAGGUCAACAACAUCUGGGGCGCCGUGCUCCAGGAGCAGAACCAGGAUGCCGUGGCAACUGAGCUUGGGAUUCUGGGCAUGGACGGUUCAAUUGACAGGAGCAGGCAGUCUGAGACUUACAACUACCUGCUGGCUAAAAAGCUGAUGAAGGAAGCCCAGCAGAAGGAGGCAGAGACUUUGGAUAAGGAGCUGGAUGAAUACAUGCACGAUGACAAGAAGACGUUGCCGGCAGAGGAGGAAAACGGGCAGGGCUUCCUCAAGCGGAAGCGGCCCGUGAAAGACAGACUGGGGGAAAGGCAAGAGAUGAAAUACAAGGGAAGGUAUGAGAUAACAGAGGAGGAUUCAGAUGAAAAAGUGGCAGAUGAAAUUGCUUAUCGACUUUGUGAACCAAAGAAAGACUUAAUUGCUCGAGUUGUGAAAAUAAUUGGGAAGAGAAAAGCCAUUGAGCUGCUGAUGGAAACAGCUGAAGUAGAACAGAAUGGCGGACUGUUCAUCGUGAAUGGCACCAGGAGAAGAACACCUGGGGGUGUCUAUUUAAACCUGCUGAAGAACACACCGAGCAUCAAAGAAGAAAAAAUCAAGGAAAUAUUCUAUCUGGAAAACCAAAAGGAGUAUGAAAACAAAAAAGCUGCCAAGAAGAGGAGGAUACAAGUUCUGGGGAAGAAGAUGAAAAAGGCCAUCAAGGGGCUUAACCUGCAGGAAUAUGAUGAUGCAUCUCGGGAGACUUUUGCCAGUGACACAAACGAGGCUCUGGCUUCCCUGGAUGACCUGCAGGAGGGGCACCACGAGGCAAAGAUGGAACCUGAGGAUACUAUUGAAAUUGAUAAUGCCCAUGAUUUGGAGAUCUUUUAGUUCCUAAUAUUCUUGAUAGCAGAGUCUCUAUAAAAACAUGUUAAAUUAGCUUUUCUUAUAAUCCCCUGGCUUCUUGUUUUCAAAGCAUGGGGAAUACUUGAUGCUGAAGAGCAGGAGGUAAUUCUUAGCUAAAUUUAACAGCAUGAAAGACUUUUAAUUGUCUUGUUACUUGUUUGCUGAGUUCUCAGAAACUGUUUAGAUUUUUCUAAAUAAGAGCCCUGCGUCACCUUAGGAAGUGUUUUUAGUCACAUGUUAGUUUUAGGAGUUAAGGCUGUGUUUUAACCAAAUACUUCUCAUUUAAUUUGCUGAAGUACACAAAGUAAUCAGGUGAGCAAUGCUCUUUACUACAGAUGAACAGAAAAAACAGAAUAAAUUUAGUCUUGAUAUAAAUGAUCAUAUAUUCUUAAUGUGGCAGUGUAUUGACAAAACCAGUAUUUAUAGGAUUAAGACCUGUAAAAACAGAUUGGUUUGUGAAAUAAUUUUAGAGGUCAGUGAUCUUUGAAUAGCGACCUUGUAAAUAAGUAGUAUUGAGCAAUGUACGUUUCAGAUUUCUGCAGUAUUUUAUUCUUUGUAUUCCAAUGGUGACUUGAGCUUCCUAUCUGUUCUGUCUAAACAUUUUUCAUGAUUAGACACACACCUAAGUUCCAUGGAUCUUUUUGUUUGCAGACAAAUUUAACUGAAAGCCUUCAGAGUAGUGAGAUUUUACUGAGCUGUGUUCCCUUCAAGGGUCUGUAGACUGUACUUGCAGUUAUAAACCCUUUCAGUUCUUGUUUCUGUCCUCCUCCUGUGUGCAGUGAGAUAAAGUGCAGCUUGCAAAAGAUCUGGAGUUUUUCUGUGCUGACUCUUGCAGGGGAUAUUUUUUUUAUUAUUUACUUGAUGCAGGAAACUGUUGUGUAGUUCUUUAGUUUGGCUGAAAACAAUUUUUAUGUUGAAUAUUGUUUUUAAUAUAGCUGAAGAAUAUGUGUAACACUGAUAGGUAUGAUGUCUAAAGUAUUUUGUCACUAGUAAGUUGUGGCUUUUUUUGUGAGUAGACACUAUUCAGCCCAGCUUUUGCCCAUUAAUUUUGUUCACCUUUGAGUCCUUGAGUUUCAGAGGGAAAGUGUGUCACUAAAACACAUAAUCAGUUUAUAAGAUUGAACAAUUCAGUACUGCUAAGAGCUGGCAUUUAAAGGAUGGCAGCAUUUGAAGAAACAUUUCUUACACAUAACAGCACAUUCCAUUACCUGCCUUACUAAACCUGGGUUUUGACUUUCCUGCUUUUUAUCUGUUCACAUGUCAGAGCUCCUAAUUGUUAAAAAGUUAAUCAGAUGUGCAGCAUGCCUUUGCUGGUAGUAGUUGCUCGUGAUGAAAUAACAAAAUUUCUUAGUUUUUCAUUAAUUUUCCUAACCAGUGAUGGUCAGAGCAAACUGGUAACUCCUGUAAGGGAAACAGAAUUUGUGCUGUUUAAGUGCUUUGGGACUGUACCAUUUCAUCCUGGUCUUGGGAACUGCUUGGGGAUAUGUCUUAACUCUUUUCUGGAUAGAAUCAGCAAAUUGUAACAUUGGUUUAAGCAACUUUUUUAUCGUUAUGUAAUUUGCACUGUGUAUUUUUUUAAUAUUAAUAUUUCUAACGUUGAUUUCCCAGGCAAGGGGUACUGAAAUGGUGUGUAAAGUGUUUCUUUAAUAAAACGGUGAUUGGGGCAUUAAGCUGUUGGAGCAGUGAGGAUGGGGAGGCGUCUGGACAGGGCCGUAGGGCCUGAGGGCACUUGGGGAGGAGACUGAGGGGAGACUCACCAGGGUCUCCAAAAUCCUCAGGAGGGGAAGAGGAAGGGCAGGCACUGAUCUCUUCACUCUGGUGCCCAGUGAUAGGACCUGAAGCCUGAAGCUGGGUCAGGGUUUUCAGGUUUAGAUUGGGUAUCAGGGAAAGGUUCUUCCCCCAGAGGGUGGUUGGGCACUGGAACAGGUUUCCCAGGGCAGUGGUAACAACACCAAACCUGAUAGUUCUGGGAGUGUUUGGACACUGCUCUGGUCAGGCACAGGGCGGGAUUGUUGGGGCUGUGUAGAGCCAGAAGCUGGACUGGAUAGUCCCUUCCAACUCGGCAGAUUCCAUGGUUCAGUUUCCUCCCAGUGUCCAAGAGACCUUUUCUUACCUUAUGGUUGUUCUCUGUUUUCCCUAGCUUUCAGCGGAGUCCUUCCAAAAGCCAAGCCAGUUCAGAAUGAUGAGUAGCCAAGUGUUCAGUCUUCAUCCACCAGCAAUCUCCUUGUCUUUGGUUGCAUUUAGCAGCUCUAGUUUCUGUGUGGUGCUGCAGUUGAGACAGAAGUUUUCUCUCUCAGCUCCUACUUAAUCACCUUCAGUCUCCCUGGGCUGAUCCCUGCACAGGGAGCAGCCCUGCCUGUCUGUGUCUGGGAUCAGAUCUAGGUAGAUUUUGGUAGCUGAUGUUCUGCAAACAAAAAUGCAAGCAAUACUAGGUGGGGUUUGAGCCAAAGAGCUUUUGCUACCUUGCAUCCAAAAUUCCAACUGCAGAACAGUGAUUUUUAGUACAACUGGAAAAAUAGUUUAUUAAUGAUUCAGUUUAACUGUGGAUCUUGAAAGUAUCAUUUGAAGUAUAAUUGCAAUUUUAUAGAUUCUCCUUCCCCUUCAAAGUAGAUGAUCUCAUUAAGGUGUUCUUAUGCUCUCUGGGCUUAUUAACUGCUGUUUGCCAAAAUUCUCAAGCAAGCAUGGAAUGACACAGUUCAAGGUAUAAAGGUGAUGGGAAAAGGAGAUGAUUGUAUUAAUUAUGACAUUUUCUGUUACAGAGAAGAUUAAUUCCUUGUAUUUUUUUCAGAGUAAAGGUGAAGGCAUAGACUGAGUAAUAAAGAAAAUUCUUGAGGUUUUUUUUUAA